AUGCGAGCAGGUUACCCUAUCUACAUGGUGCCAGAGAGGGUUCCAUGGACAGUCAAUCCUUUGGGCCUCCAGGCCUUGGGUACGUACGUCUGCGGUAGUGAAACCGGCGAGGCCUCGAAGCUCAGAGACACGGGUUUCAUUCUGGCACAUCCUGGGGUCCCUCCUCCCCCAGGGGCAUCAAUGGCGGAGAUCGAUGACAGCAUGUACACUGCAUGGCGUCAUACAUACUCCCCGUACCCUACCCUAAGGUAUACACCGCCAGCCGCCGCCGUACUCAUCCUCUUCCUUCCUCUCACCAUCCCCUCGACAACACAUCUUGUUUCUCACUCCAUCGACAUCUGGCUCCACAGAGACCGCGAUCCACUCGCACGGGCAAACACGGACUGUGCUUACCCUCGUAAGGCACAGGUCAAACCUGAAGACAAAGAGGAGGGAGGCGAUAUCAAACUGAGGCCGUGUCUUGCAGAGAAAUCAGGUGUGAUUCUCAAGGCUUCUGGAAAACGCCAUUUGUUCCACUCCAUUUGUCUUUUACCCCCAAAAACCCCGGCCCUUGGCUCUGUUUCGUUCUCCAUCGAAUCCUCUUUACUACCCACCCUCGUCGAAGACCCUUCAUUCAUGGCAUCGAUCCAGUCUCUCCUCAACCCACUCCCCGACCUUGCCGUGCGGACUCCUGGCUUUGGUGCACCAUUCAACCUCCCGACUAUGCGUGCGCCCAAGCCUUCGGGCCCCGGGCGUCACAGGGAUCCCGGCAAGCAGAAGAAACCAAAAGACGCCCCAAUCUUCAGUGAAGCUGACCCAGUUGGAGAGGUUCGCUAUCCUCCCUGCGAAGAGGUCACCGACAAGAUAGCGGAGGAGCAUCGGAAAUGCCAGCUGUAUCCUAUGGGAGAGAUCGAGAAAAUUAGCGACUUCCCUCGGCACAUUCCUUAUAAGAGCGACAAGAAGACCUUUGAGAAAAGGACAGGGCGCGACAGGCUUGAAGUCUAUCAGUACAAGUUCCAGUACGGCAGUGGUGGAGAGGAAUGGGUUAUGAUGUGGGACUACAACAUCGGACUCGUUCGAAUAACGCACCUCUUCAAGGCGUUGGGAUUCUCGAAGACUACUCCUGCCAAAGUGCUGCAUCAAAACCCUGGCCUGCGUGAAAUUUGUCACAGCAUCACUGGCGGAUCAAUCGCGGCACAAGGCUACUGGAUGCCAUUCGAGGCGGCCAAAGCCCUAGCUAGCAGAUUCUGCUACCCUAUCCGAUACGCCUUGACCCCGCUGUUUGGUGCCGACUUCCCCGAUUUGUGCCUCAAGAAGGGCGAUGAAAACUUCAACAACAUGACCCUGGAACCGAGUGUCAUACAGAAGGCCACAAGCAUGGCUCGAUACUAUCGUUCCCUCGAGCCUGAUGAGGACGAAGUUGCUGGUACUGACAGCAUUUCUCAGGCGUCUUCCAAUCCCUUUGAUAGGAGAGCCGAAGUACCCGUACCUCCAGAAUUCUCGGAUGACGAUAAACACCGUGGUUGUAAGUGGGCUCGUCGCAGCUAUGCGGAUAGCAUUAGUAGUGCACGGGGAUCGUCCUCCGAGCCAUACUGCGUUUCUCCCUCGAGCCCGCCUAGCAAUGGUUUCACGCCAGUCAAUGUCCCUCGCAGCUGUGAGGAUGCCCCUCGCUCUCACGGUCCGUGUAUCAGGCCUCUUCCUUUCGAGGCGGGUGUUGUGUCGUCGAGUACGCAGUCAAUUGCCAGUCGGGCCCAAAGGAUUUCUGUUCUAGGCAGGCGAAUGGAACUCGCUACAGAGGAUGGUACGGUCGGUACAGCUUCUGGUCAUUCUGAGACCGAUUACAGCAGCGAGUACACGGAGAAUGACUCUGAUGAUGAGGGCGACGAGGAUUAUCAUGAGCCCGAGUCCCAAGUUUCCACAGAAAGUGAAUCUGCCGCAGGGAAUGAUCACCCAAAGAAAAAUAAUCGAUCUCGACCUGUCAAAGCCAGGAUUGAUGACUCUAUGCCAGCUCCGAGUGGUUUCGCGCAGCAGGUCAAGGCUGCCCAUACUUUGCUCCGUCUGCACAUGCAGGAGGCAACAGCUGCGGACAAUGAUAGGGACGAGGAGAUGAGUGAUGGAAUUGUCUUGAAUCCACUUCUUCCUUUCCGUUCUCUGGAUGAAAGCUCGGGCGAACGUAAGAGACGACGUGCCUCCUUGUAG